AUGAUUCCGUGGUCGUCUUUCGUUCAGAAAGCCCAAUCGCUUAUCGAUCCGGCUAAUUUCAAUAUCCCCUCCCUCUCCUCAUCUGACGGCACACCUUCCAAAGCCUCACUAUUCCGCCAACAAUUCCGCCUCCCCGAUUCACAAAACCCGCUCCAAGAGAUUACCGCCGAGCUCGUCCUCCCUUUACCAAACUCGAACUCCGGCUCGGGCGAUAGCGCUCGUCGCGUUGACCGCACGGGUAACCGAUAUACCGGCCGUCUGCAUCUCAGUGAGCGAUUUAUCUGCUUCUCUACCCAACCGACAAGCUUCCUGCCCUCGGCUACACUUAGCGCGUCCACCAAUUUCACUGGUCAAACACAUGGUACCGGUCCUUCUGGCAAUGGUUUCACUCUUCCGCUCUCCUGCAUCCGGCGAGUUGAGCGUCUACACAGUGCUAGUCAUGUUUUCUCACUCGCAUUGACGACAUGGAAUGGCCUGCUGAACAAGCAACAAGAGCCCAACUUUACCCCACAGCGCUUGAUCCUUCAACUUGUCGGCAGCAGGCAAGCAUGCGAGCGAUUCUGUGACACUCUUAAGAAAGGGUUGCGAGAGGGCAUGAAGGAGGUUGACAAUCUAAGACUUGUUGUCAGUGACUGCUACUCGGAAUACCUACUCUCCGGUGCGAAAGGCAAGGCACAAGAAGGAGGCGAGGGAGAUGGUCGGCCGCCCCCUGAUGCCGGGUUGGGUAUGCUUUUCCGCUAUCCUGGUGAUGCGCGUAAGCUUCGAGACCGGAGUAAGAUGAGACUCUGGGGUGAAUAUUUCCGAGAGAACGGCCGGAAUGCCACUCUUGUUCGACAACCAACAUUCCAUAAGUUGAUACGCGUGGGCUUGCCCAAUCGACUGCGUGGUGAAGUAUGGGAGCUUUCAUCAGGCUCCCUCUUCCUUCGCAUUCGCUCUCCUAAAUUGUACCAGGAGACGUUGGUCAAAUUCCAGGGCCAAGAGUCUCUUGCAAUCGAUGAGAUUGAAAAGGAUUUGAACCGCAGUUUACCCGAAUAUCCUGGCUUCCAGAGCGAGGAGGGCAUUGGUCGUCUACGACGAGUCCUUACGGCAUAUAGUUGGACGAACGCCGAGAUUGGCUACUGUCAGGCUAUGAAUAUUGUUGUUGCCGCUCUAUUGAUUUAUAUGUCCGAGGCACAAGCAUUUUUCCUUCUUUCCGUUCUCUGCGAUCGCCUUCUCCCAGGCUAUUACUCGACGACAAUGUAUGGUACCCUUUUAGAUCAAAAGGUGUUCGAAUCCCUGGUGGAGAAGACAAUGCCUGUUCUUUGGGAGCACCUCAUCAAGACCGAUGUACAGCUUUCCGUCGUUUCUCUUCCAUGGUUCCUUUCAUUGUAUAUCAACUCUAUGCCUCUCGUUUUCGCCUUCCGUGUUCUCGAUGUCUUUUUCCUUGAAGGUCCCAAGGUUCUCUUCCAGGUCGGCCUGGCCAUUCUCCGCAUCAAUGGCGAGGAACUGCUUGAUGUCCAGGAUGACGGAUCAUUCGUCUCGGUUCUGAAAACCUAUUUCUCGCGCCUCGACGAAUCUGCCCAUCCAAGAUCCGAGAACCCAAAGCUACGUGCCAUCACUCGAUUCCAAGAGCUGAUGGUUGUCGCUUUCAAGGAAUUUUCUGGCAUCACACACAGUACCAUUGAAGAGCAACGUGAAAAACACAAGGGUGCGGUUCUGGAGAAUAUUGAGAACUUCGCUAAGCGCACAUCAAUCCGCAACCUCGGUCCUGAAAGCAAACGCCUCAGUGUGGACGAUCUUGGAACAAUCUACGAUCGCUUCUACGAUACACUCUAUCAAUGGCAGCAGCAGCAGAAGCUCUUGGAGGAAGAGAGAAGACGACAGGAGAAGAAGAAAUCGGAACGUCUUUCGAUGGGUCGUGUGGGUCUUGGGCCAAGCCCGACUCAUAUGGACUAUGACGCUUUCCGUGAGUUCCUAGCUGCAACCUCGAAAUGGGCUGUUUCGGAUACCCCUGCUGGCUCAAGGUCAGAGUCUAGCUCUGGCUUCGGCAGCCUCAAGGGCAGCAGCAGCAAGUCACUAUUGUGGGCCAAUCGUCGGCAGCCGGCCGACCACGAGUUCAUGCAGCGUCUGUAUCGGAAGUGGGCCACGGAUUCUGAAGAAGGAUUAAGUCUACAGAAUGUCGUUAAUGGACUGGCCAGACUGAAGGGGUCGCCGGAUAUCAUGAACAACAUUAACUACUUCUUCAAUCUUUAUGAUGAUAGUGGCAAUGGCCAAGUUGAUCGGGAGGGCAUUCUGAAAAUCUCCGAGGCAUUCCUCUUCCUUUCACGUCGGGGCUUCGAAGGUACAAUUACUGCGACACAAUCUUUGGAGGACUUGAACAGCCCCCGUGAUCACGACCAUGCGGAACAGAAUACUCUUACAGUCGACGAGCGCUUCCUUGGGAGCGUCAGCGCAUUCAUUCGUCGCUGCUUCGAGUACGCCGACCCAAGCCACCCUGAGAAUCAAAAGGCAUCCCAGCAGGACGCCACCACCGAGGUGACAGACAAACUAGACUCUUUCGCCAUUGGAGAUGACGAGGAAGACCUGAUCAACGUCGACGACUCUAAAUCGAACAAGCCGGCACCAAAUGCCACUUCCAAGCCAAGCCAAUCUGGCGACGGCGAGCCAAACCGACCGAGAUCCGAGUCCGCAAACCCAGCUCUCGACCCCAACAAUCCACUCCACAUCACCCUUCCUACCUUCCGCAUGGUUAUUCUAGCAGAUGAACUGCUCGAGCAAUUUUUCGAAUCCUAUUUCCCGCAAUCAUUCCAUCUCUCCGACCACCCUCACCCAGCCUCACUCGCUGCAUCGUCAUCUCUAUCAUCUAACCUUACAACAUUCUCCAACAUUGGCAGCGCCCGUCCUUCUAACAUCGCUACUGCCGGCAGCGUUUCUGUCGGCGCCUCCGGUGGGAUCGUUCCACCCGGCAAAGGCCUUCGCGGUGUCCUCGACAACAUCGUCACAGAUGGUAUUCGCAUGGCUGCCGAGGUCAAGAAACGCAUGGACGAGGCUCAGCGAGAUCUCGAACGUAAUGCCCUCGGCCGUGACGACGACGAAGAUGAGGAUGAUGACGAAGAUGAACUCCGCCGCGACAGUAACGCCGCCGCUGCAAUGGCGGGCGGUAUCUCCAGUUGGGGUGCAGGCGCAUACGGCGGAGACAUGGAACGUCGCAGUGUCCGGGACGCAGAUCGCGAUCUCCUUGAAGGUGCCGAGGUCCUUAGUGUCCGCGAAAAGGGCGAGGGCUCUUCGCUUCUGGACAACAAGGAUGAAGCUGAAACGAAGGGUCAGCACGGAGCCAAGGGCUCGCCUUCUUCCGCUCACGAUGCGGAGGUCGUGAGUAAAGUCGUUGAGUUUGAGUCUUGA